AAUUUAUAUCAAUCAAGUGAACUCGUGGACAUUGGGCCCCUAGAUUAAACAACAACCUUGAAUCUCUGGCCGGGCCUUCCGAUGCUGCAUCACCCAAUGACACGCUCGCAAAUGAUCAUCAGGCCGUUGCGUCGGCACUCAUCAUUCCCCAAAGGAUGCGAGUCACUGCACAGGAUGUACCUGGCAUGGACCUCACUUGCGCAUGGGCGCUUCGUGAGUAUCAUGUCUUGGCUGAAUGCGUCUGCGCCGUGGAAAAAAGCGACAAAGUUUGUGCAGAUUGAGAUGUAUAAGACCUCAAUGUACCGCCCGUUUUGAAACCUUAAGCUCGCUCAUAACUUUGCUGGCGACUUCAUUCGAUCGACUCUUCACCAUUCGCCUUGGCGUCUCUUCGAUAUGAAGGUCACCACUUUCUUUAAGGCAGCGUCGCUGCUGUCAUCUCUCUUCGCAUCCACUGUUGAUGCUCAACAAGCCGCUUACACUCACCCGGGUACUGGCAUCACAUUCUUUAAACAAACAGUAACUUCAGCCCAAUCCCCUGGUGGAUUCGAGUGGGGUUACGCCUUACCUGGAGCACCGACUGGAGCCAACGAUGAAUACAUCGGCUACCUUAAAGGUGCCUUGAGGACAGGCAAGCAGGGCUACUCUGGACUCAGUCAUGGAGGUGCCAUGAACCUCAAGCUGCUGCUUGUUGCAUGGGUAGAGGGUACAUCAAUCAAGACCGACUUCCUCUGGGCAACCGGUUUUACUCAGCCUGUGAAAUACACCGGGGAAGCGACCUUGACCAAAUUGAGUGUCACAAUUACUGACACCUACUUCGAGCUCGUGUACCGCUGCGAGAAGUGCUGGGUUUGGAACCAGAAUGGUGUAUCAGGUUCGCAGCUGCCGACUGCGUCAGAGGUCCAAGUCAUCUCGUGGGCCCAACACAGCAAGUCCUACAACCCAACCGACAUCGUCCAGCAUGACAGUGGACAAUCCACCUUUGGAAUUGCGGUUGCUCCAGCUAGGAACGCAAAGUACUCCGAUUGGAUCAAGCUACCUCCCGUCGAUGUGGGUUCUCCCACUUCAUCGGUUCCGCCAACUACACCCACCCCCACUGGCCCCACAGCUUGCGUGGGUAGCCCUGCCCCCACUGGCUCGUACGACUACAUCGUUGUUGGUGGUGGUGCCGGUGGUAUCCCCAUCGCGGACAAGCUUUCUGAGGCCGGCAAGAAGGUUCUGCUUAUCGAGAAGGGCCCGCCAUCCCUGGGCCGUUUUGGUGGCACUAUGGGUCCCGCUUGGCUCAAGGGUACGGGUCUCACUCGCUUCGACGUGCCAGGUCUUUGCAACCAAAUCUGGGUUGAUUCUGCGGGUGUUGCUUGCACUGAUACCGAUCAGAUGGCUGGAUGCGUACUUGGCGGAGGCGCUGCCGUGAACGCUGCUCUUUGGUGGAAGCCGAAUUCUGUCGACUGGGACGACAGUUUCCCUAACGGCUGGAAGGCGAGCGACAUGAGCGCUGCUGUAGACCGCACGUUUAAGCGUAUCGCCGGCACUGACACACCCUCAUCAGACGGAAAGCUCUACAAGCAGGAGGGUUUUGACGUCCUGUCCGGAGCACUUGGCGCAGAUGGUUGGACCAACCUCAAGGCCAACGACAAGCCGAAUGAGAAGCACCGCACAUACAGCAAGACACCCUACAUGUACGCAAAUGGACAGCGACAGGGCCCGCUCGGCACAUACCUUGUCACAGCGCUGGCAAGGUCGAACUUCAAGCUAUGGACAAACACUGCCGUCAAGCGUGUCAUCCGAACCGGCGGUAAGGCCACCGGUGUCGAACUUGAGGGGGGAGCUGGUGGCUACUGUGGUAACGUCACGCUCAACGCUGGUGGACGCGUUAUCCUUUCAGCUGGUACUUUCGGGACCUCUAAGCUUCUGUUCCGCAGCGCCAUUGGACCAAAGGAUCAGCUCAAUAUCGUUAAGGGCAGUGUCCAAGACGGCAAGACUUUCCUCCCAGAAGCUCAGUGGAUUAACUUGCCCGUCGGCCAGAACCUGAACGAUCACGUCAACACCGACCUUGUCAUCAAGCACAAGAACGUCUCCUUUUAUAACUUCUACGACGCUUGGACCGCCCCUAUUCAGGCCGACAAGGAUGCUUAUCUUAACAAGCGUGCUGGUAUUCUCACUCAGUCUGCUCCCAACAUUGGUCCUGUCGCCUGGGAGGUUAUCAGGGGUACUGAUGGCAUUGACCGUCAGUUCCAGUGGACUGCUCGAGUCGAAGGACCCGGCGCUAACGACACCACGUCAAUGACUAUCAGCAACUAUCUCGGUCGUGGAUCCACUUCCCGUGGUGUUGCGUCGAUCAAUGGAGGCCUGACUAUGGAGGUAACCACAUCGCCGUACCUCCGAAACCAAGCCGACACCGAUGCUGUCAUUGCUAGUCUGAAGAGCAUGGUCAAGGCCAUCCAGAGGAACCCUCAGAUCGAGUUACAGGUCCCGCCUGCCGGCACCACGAUUGAGGCCUACGUUGCUAGUCUACCCAAGACACCUUCAGCUCGCCGUGCUAACCACUGGAUUGGCACAGCCAAGAUUGGAUCCGACAGCGGUCUGAGUGGUGGCACUUCAGUCGUCGACCUGAACACCAAGGUGUAUGGCACAGACAACAUCUUCGUCGUUGAUGCCUCCAUCUUCCCUGCUCACAUUACCACAAACCCCACUUCUUACAUUAUCUCGGUAGCCGAGCAAGCUGCUGCGAAGAUACUUGCGCUGAAGUAGGAUGUUGCUCA